AAAUCAUCAAAAAUGCCAAUUUGUUUUCACAGUAAGUUGAACUGUGAUACUUUAGUACAGUUUACAAUCAUCAAACAUCUAAAUCGAGGGUAAAUAUGUCUCAACCGACUCCAGGAAGUGCUCGUUCGCUAGCAAAAACUGCGUCGACAUCAGCAUCGAACAGUGCUGCAUCGUCUGUUCACGUGCAAGAAUUUACCGUUCGAAUUCCAAAAAAUCUGAAAAAAUUGCACCAUGUGAUGCGUUUUAAUGCAACGCUCAAAGUCGACUUUGCACAGUGGAAAAAUGUCAAAAUGGAACGUGAAAAUAAUCUUCGUGACGCACGCAGUGGCAUUGAAGAAGAAAUGCCAAAAUAUGGCGCUGGAUCGGAAUACAAUCGAGACAUGAAAGAAGAACUUCGGCGUAAAAAGUUUGGCUAUCAACCGCGCAAAUAUAAACAAGAUUUACAGCCGUGGAUCCUGAAGGUUGACGGUAAAUCUGGCAAAAAAUUUCGUGGCAUUCGUGAAGGUGGUGUGGGUGCAUAUGCAUCGUUUUAUGUAUUUGCCCAUGCUCCAGAUGGUGCAAUCGAAGCAUAUCCGCUCAACGAAUGGUACAACUUCCAGCCAAUUCAACGAUACAAAGCACUCUCGGCCGAAGAAGCCGAACAAGUGUUUGGUCGACGAAAUAAGGUUAUGAAUCACUUUUCAUUGAUGAUGCGCCAUCGUUUGAAGGGCGACGAAGAAGGACAAGAUGAUCCAGAGGAAGCAAAAUUAAAAUUGUCCGGUAAAAAGGGGAAAGAAUUUAAAAUCAGCGAUGCCGAUGACAUUAUGAUGGAUUCAGAUGAUGAUAGUGAUUCGGAAGAUGAAAAGAAGAACGAUGAGGAUAGUGAUGCAGACUCAAAGAAGAAAAAAGGCAAGAAAUUACCUCCAAAGAAGAAGAAGAAGAAGAAUGGCAGUGAUGACGAGGCCUUCGAGGAGUCUGAUGAUGGAGAUGAAGAGGGCCGUGAAAUGGAUUACAUUGAAUCAAGCGAUUCCGAUGAAUCUGAUCCUGAAUUACAGGUGGACAAAGAAAUGAAAUCGGUUGCCGAAGAAGAUGGAUUACGUAAAUUGCUAACAUCUGACGAAGAAUCGGAAGAAGAGAAAAAUUCGAGCGAUGAAUCAAGCAAAGAUGGUGAAAAGAAGAAAGAGACCAAGGAGAACAAUACAAAAGAUAAGAAAAAAUCGAAACCGAAAAAAUCAAAAGAUGGCGAAAAGAAGGAAUCGCUGAGUGACUUAAGUUCCGAUAGCAGUGAUUCGGAGGCUGAAACAAAGAAACCGAAAAAACUGAAUGGCAACAGUGCAAAUAAUUCAAGAUCGGCAUCUCCAAGCAUUACCGAUGCAUUGGCAGCUGGCCCAAGCGGACUGAAACGAAAACUACCGACCGAUUUGGGAUCUGCUGGUAAUAGUAAUGGUGCUUCCGAAAACAGUAACAGCCCGAAUGUUACACCGGCCAAGAAAACAAAAUACGAUGCAUCACCUUCCGUACCGGCAUCUUUUGCUGGAGCUAUCUCGAGCAAUAGAGAUGACAAUGGUAUCACCGAAGAAGCUGUACGACGUUAUUUGAUGCGCAAACCAAUGACCACAACCGAACUUCUAUCCAAAUUUAAAAAUAAAAAGACCGGAGUAUCAAGCGAAAAAUUGGUAAACACGAUGACACAAAUCCUGAAGAAAAUCAAUCCGGUCAAACAGACUAUCCAGGGAAAAAUGUAUCUAAGCAUUAAAAAUAAAUAAGAGGGAACGCAAAAUUGUCAGACAACAGAUUUGCCGGUUGUUUGCACAUUUAACAAUUAUAUUUCUAAUCAAUAGCAAAA